UAUAACCAAGUAGCGCGUAUCCUGAAUCCUGUAUGCAUCACCUUGGACAGAAUAGAUGAACUAGCGCAAAAUACAGGAAUUCGUAGGCUAAUAGAAACAAAGUUUGGCACGACAGAUCUCUGUAAAAAGACAAUAUUAACUGAUUUCUUUCGGUUUGCUUUUGAUGGCUCUGGCGCGGAUAAUUUUUAUGACGCAGGAAGUUGUAUUGAUGGUAGACUUACUUCAGCGUGGAACUGGUGCUCACAGAUUGAAAAGAAACCAUAUUUCCCCAUUUUCUUAUUGGCGGGUUUUACUGGAUUCGACGGAGGUGGAUGGUAA